AUGAAGUUGCAGAAGUCUACCCGGACUCAGAUGGCGAGGAUGUGGGAAGAUGUUGCAGGAGACCUUCGGUGGCAGAAUAUUUGGAAGUUCUUGUGUCAUGACAAGCCUGAACCACCUGAUGAACAUUCUCAUCCGCCUGACUCUCAAGAAAUUGUGACUCCCAAGAAAGGAAAAGCAUCCAAGAAGCCUGCAGCUGAUGAAAAUCAUAGAGGCCUCACAGACUUGGACAACAAGCUCUCACCAAUUGCAAAGCCAAACAGGCCCAAGCGGAUUGGAGCUGACGGCAAACCCAGAGCAGUUCCAGUAGCGCUUCCAGCGCCAAAAUCGCCUCUCAAGUUCAAGACGCCUGAAGAUGCUGCUGCUCAGUCUCUUGUAGAGCCACCAAUGCCAGAUGUUGAAGACCUCUUCACCAUGGCCAUGGAGGAGAACACGAAAAAGCGCCCUCAAUCAGACGCAGAGAUGGCGGAAGAUGACCAGGAGAGAUUGGACAGCAAGAAAGUUCGCAGGUCUGAGCACAGGAGAUCUUACAAGACAGCUCCUGUCACAGAGAACAAGAGACGAGAGGCUCUUGUCAAAUCAUUUCUGGCUAAGCACAAUCUCACCUAUGGCAGGUAUAUUUCCUUUCACCGCAUGAGUGCAAGGGUCCGAACAUCCGCGGGAUGUGAAACAGGGGGGCCUCCAGAUGGUGGAUAUGUGGCUCUUCGCAAAGCUCUUCAGCAAGCACAAUUUCCCAAACGCGGGAUUUGCUGUACUUGGCUUCGCGAAAACGGAGUGACUGUCGACAAACUUGCUGAUUUGUUUGAUGGUGCAACUGCACGGGAUUCCGAAGAGUUCUCUCUUGUGCCAACAAACACGGACACGGAGGGCACACACAAAAGGAAGCGAGAUGAUGCCGAAGAGUUGCAAGCCAUCAAGGACUAUAUCGAGUCUGUUUCUGAACACAUCCAGCUGGUCGAGAACGGCACGGGUGAGCUUCGAUACCGCUGCCGCCUGUGCACCUCCAAAAAUCAUCCGCAAGGGAAGGACAACAUUCUACAAAGAAGAGUUCUAUCUUCUGUGAAGCAUUUCAUCAACACGCACCUGGGCAGUGUCAGACAUGUGCAGAGAUUGGAACAAAUGGACAUUCAAGCUGACACAGAUCAGUCCAAUAGGGCUGGUGAACAAGUUCCAUGCGAGGGAUACUGUGUCAGCAACAGCGGUUCCAGUGGAGUUCUUCAUUUCUACUUGGAGGAAUUCAAGUUGUGGGCUGCUCAUAGCAAGCUUGAUGGGGUGGUUUCACACAGCUAUUGGCAGGAUGCGGGCUUGGGUCAUUGGUAUCUCCGCCACAAAGAUUGCAGCAAGGUGACUAUGAAGAUGGAAUCUGAUCCUUAUCCGUGCUGUUCCAAAUGCCAAGACCUUGGAGAUCGAAAGAAAGUGGUGAAGGUGGUCCUACGCUUUGUCUCCAAAUUCUACUCGGCAUUGCUACUGAACAAACGGCUCUUUGCAUGCCCAGAGGAGGUGUCAGAGUUUGAGAACGUGAUUAUGUCAAGUGCAUUUGGUCGGAAUCAUUCUCAGCACUGGAAGAAUCAGACUGACACAACCUUGGUGGAACACCAACGAAUGGUGAGAGCAGCUUGGUCAACGGUGAGCCCAGACAACCGGACGCAGGCCAUGGAACACUUCAUCAGCGCAGUGGUGACCCCUGUCCUGAAGAUCAAUGUCUCCGCUGCCAGUCCACACAUGACGAACCUCUCCUCUCAGUUUGUUCAAGCCCUUGCUGGAAGGAAAUUGAACGAAUUGGAGCAAGUCAAUCUGUCCAUAGCCCGCGCUGCCGUGAGUGGCAAACUGGAUGCCAAUCCAAUCUUGCAAGGCAUCAUAGUGCAGUGCAUGCGCCGUUUGGACAAACAGGCACGGGGUGUAUCCAGUGUGGGACGUCAGCAGGCUUGCUCGGCAACGGAGGAGCGCUUGAUCUCCAAUGCCGCGUUUACUUUUGCUCUUGCAGGGGCCAACCGGGAGCUUGCUAGUGAAUUGGGUCAAAAUCUCAGGCCUCCUGCCCUGAAUGUGUACAAGUUGCCAGAGUUGUCGCUCCCCAACCCAAUGCUGGCGCUGCGGAAAUCCCAGGCAUCUCAGUUACAGCAGAAUAUUGAACUGGUCGACCAAUUCUAUCAGCGAUUGGAAAAGCAGAAGUCACGCAGAUUGAUCAUGGCACUGGACCACACGUAUUUGCAAAGAGGGUUUGGACAAGCCAAGCUACAGGAAGUUCCAGGCCUCAUUGGUGGAUGCUGGCAUCCUGACCAUGACGAUGGGCGGGACGAUAGAAGCUUCAUGGAGCUCAAAGAUUUGCCAACAGACGCGCUUUCUUCUCAAAAAGCGCCCCUGAUGCUUGAGUGCCUUGUGUGGGAUCCUGCGGCACAUCACUCUCGGCCUCUAUCGCUGGCGUCGAUGCCAAUGUCGCUGAAGGCUAGCCAGGCAAAUGAUGUCAAUGCGGAGCGCAAUCACGGCAAACGGGAGAUGAUACGGGUGCUGAAUCGUAUCAUGACAACAGCGCACUGGCUUGUGAAGGGAGUUACCUUUGACGGACAUGGUUCCAAUGCAUGGAUCAGAGAUAUUCUCUUUGGGCAGUUUGAGACAGUGAGCCCUCAGGAGAUCGAGGAUCUUGAGUGGUUCCAGAGUUUGACGUGGGAGGAUUUGCCUCCACACGUUAUCCCAAAUCUGCCGCUCAAGCUUUGCAUUCAUGGCGGGAGUCCCGUGUGGGCUUUGCCUGGAGUUUGUCACGCCGUGAAAAACAUUGGCGGACAAUUGACAAGCCCAUUGAGAUCCAUCAUGAUGGGCUCCUACCUGUGCGACCACAGUGGGUGUCUCAGGUUUGGUAUGCCUCCAACGGCCUACACUCGCAGCGAGGCUAUGUCAGACGCUUUGCAUGCAAUGAUGUUCAACCCGUAUUUCGUGGUCAAUGAACCAGCGCCUGGUUCUGAAUUUCUUGUUACACUUUGUUUUGUGACUGUGUCUUUUAUGAUUUUCUAG